GCCAUCACCGAGCGUGCGUCCCGGAGCCGAGAUGCUUCCCGGCGCGGGGAGUGAGCGAUGAAGCGGCUCUUGUGCGUGGCCCACGGAGUCGCCUUGGCCGCCGUGCGCUGCGGCUGCGGCCCUUUCAGGCUCAGGAUGUUCUACGCCGUGAGGAGGGGCCGCAGGACCGGGGUCUUCCUCACCUGGAAUGAAUGCAGAGCACAGGUGGACCGGUUUCCUGCUGCCAGAUUUAAGAAGUUUGCUACAGAAGAUGAGGCCUGGGCCUUUGUUAGGAACUCUGUGAGUCCUGACAGUUCAGAAGGGCAAAAGAACAAACAUGUGCAAGAAUCCCAAGUAAAAGCCCGCAAGUCCCUCCGUGAGCCCCCAGGUGGAGACAGCGAUGACAGCAUGGAGCCCUGUGCAAAGCGUGUGAAACAGAACACAGAGUCAGCGCCUUCAGUUGGCAAAGACACGUUUUCUUAUAUGGGAGACUUUGUCAUUGUCUACACUGAUGGCUGCUGCUCCAGUAAUGGGCGGAGGAGGGCACGAGCAGGAAUUGGCGUUUACUGGGGGCCAGGCCAUCCUUUAAAUGUAGGCAUUAGACUUCCUGGGCGCCAGACAAACCAAAGAGCAGAAAUUCAUGCAGCCUGCAAAGCCAUUGAACAAGCAAAGGCUCAGAACAUCAAUAAAUUGGUUCUGUAUACGGACAGUAUGUUUACCAUAAAUGGAAUAACUAACUGGGUGCAAGGGUGGAAGAAAAAUGGAUGGAGGACAAGUUCUGGGAAAGAUGUGAUGAACAAAGAGGACUUCGUGGAGCUGGAUGAGCUCACCCAUGGCAUGGACAUUCAGUGGAUGCAUGUUCCUGGUCAUUCGGGAUUUAUAGGCAAUGAAGAAGCUGAUAGAUUAGCAAGACAAGGAGCUAAACAACCUGAAGACUGAAGUAAUUUUAAUACUUGGGAAAACUUGAGCCUGUCACUGUUUUGUUCCUUUCGCUUUCUGGUGUGGAAAAUAAGACUACAGGAUGGACCACUGCAGUAGAUGAUGAUGAUUCAGCUUUCACACGGAAUCAGGAAGGCGUAGUGGGGUUCUCUGAUAUGGUUUGUUAAAAAGUAGUUAAAUGUGGAAUAUAUUGAACACCUUUGAGAUUUGAGAAUCGUGAGAUUUCAGCAUCAUGCUUAUUGGGCUUGAUAUUGUGCUUGUUUGUUUUAUUGUAGUCUGGCCCAGAGUGCUAGAACUUUGAUUUUAAUAAAGAAUCAAUAAAACGUUGUUAAAAGAUGCAGACAAGAAGUCUAGAAGUAUUCUGAAGGAGCUUAUUGUCCGAUAUGCAGGAUUGAGGCUCCUGCUUGUAAAGUUGACUUGUGCCUUGUGAACAUUAGAGGAAAUCACAGCCCAGGCCAGGGCACAGCGCUCAGCAGGGAGAGUGCGAGCUGGGUCUUGGCCCCACCUGCCCGCUUGCACACAGCUGGCGCCGGCUACUAGACGUCUGUAUAGGAACAGCGAUAACCUUUAGAGACUAAGAAGCAUAAAUAAAUCUUUUAAAAAUUU